ACCUGAAUCUGUUUUGAUUCUACCAGAACUUCUUCAGAUUAUCACCAGGAUUCUGCUUUGCGGAUGGUCUUGCUUCGCUGGCUCUUCGACGACAAGGGAUGAAACUUGAAUCCAGUGAUAGAAUCCUUGACUGGAACAUUACUGGUGCUUCAAUCUGCUAUCUUGGUCUUGAGAGUAUUGUUUACUUCAUUUUCACGAUUGGCCUUGAAGUAUUGCCUCCUGACAAGUUAACCUCAGUCAUAAUGAACUGGUGGAGGACUCCAAGGGAUCUCAAACUCAACAAUUCCCACAGUUAUUUGGAACCCUUAUUGAAGUCUUCCUGUGAAGGUCUUACCUUUGCAGCUGAUGAAGAUAUAGAUGUGCAGGCAGAGAGACACAGGGUACUUUCAGGUUCUGCUGGUAAUUCCAUAAUCUACUUGCGUAAUCUCCGAAAGGUCUAUCCUGGAGGGAUGAAUCAGGGUACAAAGGUUGCAGUUCAUUCACUUUCUUUUUCUGUUCAAGAAGGAGAAUGCUUUGGCUUUCUGGGAACCAAUGGAGCAGGGAAGACUACAACCCUAUCCAUGUUAACUGGAGAAGAAUACCCAACUGAUGGAACUGCGUAUAUUUUUGGCAAUGAUAUUUGUUCACAACCCAAAGCUGCUCGGCGACAUAUUGGUUAUUGCCCACAAUUUGAUGCUCUUCUAGAAUUUCUAACUGCCAGAGAACACCUUGAGCUUUAUGCAAGAAUUAAAGGAGUCCCAGAAAACAUGAUGAAAGAAGUUGUCAUAGAAAAGUUGGUGGAGUUUGACUUAUUGAAGCAUGCCGAUAAGCCAUCUUUUUCUCUUAGUGGGGGAAACAAGCGCAAACUGUCUGUUGCUAUUGCAAUGAUUGGAGAUCCCCCAAUAGUUAUUCUUGAUGAACCAUCGACAGGUAUGGAUCCUAUUGCCAAAAGAUUCAUGUGGGAAGUUAUAUCGCAGCUAUCAACCAGACUUGGAAAGACGGCAGUUAUUCUAACGACUCACAGUAUGAAUGAAGCUCAAGCACUCUGCACACGAAUUGGGAUAAUGGUUGGAGGCCAGCUUAGGUGCAUUGGAAGUCCUCAGCAUUUGAAAACACGUUACGGAAAUCAUCUUGAACUUGAGGUUAAGCCCACAGAAGUCAGCUCUACAGAGUUGGACAAAGUGUGCCGAAGCAUUCAAGAAAGGCUUUUUGAAUUCCGAUGUCAUUCAAGAAGCAUACUCAGUGAUCUUGAAGUUUGCAUAGGAGGAACCGACUCCAUAACUUUAGCUGAUGAGUCUUCGGCAGAGAUUAGCUUGACUCAGGAAAUGAUUAUGAUGAUUGGGCGCUGGCUUGGCAAUGAAGAAAGAAUUAGGGCACUUAUAUCUUGUAUGCAUACCAAUGAUGGCGUGUUUGGUGAACAAUUAUCCGAGCAGCUGUCUCGUGAUGGUGGUAUCCCAUUACCAAUAUUUUCAGAGUGGUGGUUGGCCAAAGAAAAGUUCUCUAAAAUUGAUUCAUUUAUCUUAACAUCAUUUCCAGGAGCCACUUGUCAGGGGUGCAAUGGUUUAAGUGUUAAAUAUCAGUUGCUGUAUGGAGAAGACUCUUCUCUUGCUGAUGUUUUUGGACACCUAGAGCGGAACAGGAAUCAAUUGGGAAUAGCAGAAUACAGCAUAAGCCAAUCAACACUAGAAACUAUUUUCAACCAUUUUGCUGCAAACGCAUAGUUAUUUUUAUUUAGUCAUCGUAUUACUUUUGUUAAUGUUCAACAGAGAGGAAUUGGUCCCCAAGUUAUUGUCAGGUGGAUCAGUCUCUCUUAUAGUAAAAGAAUCAAGAUAUGUAGAAAGGAAAAACUAGUCUCCCAGUUCAUUGAUUUUAAGUUAUUUGUAAAUAGCAGGGAGCAACUUUCAGUAAAUAACUGAAAUCUUUUUCAAUUUGAGGUAAUGACUCACCAGAACAGCUCCACUAAAUUUAGUGGCCUAAUUUUGUAAUUCAAAGGAAGAUUAUAUGGGGUGAAUAGAUUUUAUUGGUUUUGCUUGCUGAUACUUGAUAAAAUUUGAAAUUUAUAAUGGAUUUUUGUA